AUGGCAGACGGAAGUGUGGUGACUUGGGGCGACCAAAACCACUACGACUCACACUCUCCUGCUGUGGCUGAGAACUUGACGUCCGUGGACGCGAUUUAUUCUACAUGUGCUGCCUUUGCAGCAAAGAAGAUGGAUGGCACAGUGGCAACGUGGGGAAAUUCACAGUUCGGUGGAGAUUCCUCUUCUGUGUCUGAGUACCUGUCAUCUGUGGAUGUGAUUUAUUCUACAGAAUAUGCUUUUGCAGCAAAGAAGACGGAUGGUACUGUAGUGACUUGGGGCGAUCCAAAGUGUGGAGGAGAUUCCUCUUCUGUAGCCGAGCACCUGUCAUCUGUGGAUGUGAUAUAUUCUGCAUCCUGCGCGUUUGCAGCAAAGAAGACGAAUGGCACUGUCGUGACUUGGGGCGAUCGAUUUGGCGGAGGCGAUUCCUCUUCUGUAGCUGAUCGUUUGUCAUCCGUCGAGGUGAUUUAUUCUACAUCUCGGGCCUUUGCGGCGAAGAGAAAGGAUGGCACUGUCGUGACCUGGGGCCACUCACUUUGGGGUGGAGAUUCCUCACCUGUAGUCGAGCAAUUGAGGUCCAUAGUUGCGAUUUAUUCCACUGAAGCUGGUGCUUUUGCAGCGCAGAAAGUGGAUGGCACCGUAGUAACGUGGGGCGACCCAGCUCUUGGGGGAGAUUCCUCCUCUGUGGCUGAGCGCUUGUCGUCUGUGGACGUGAUUUAUUCCACACGCACGGCCUUUGCAGCUAAGAAGAGAGAUGGCACUGUGGUGACGUGGGGCAAGCCGAAGAAGGGAGGGGAUUCCUCUUCUGUAGUCCAGAACUUAUCAUCGGUCGAUGUCAUUUAUUCUUCAUGUUGUGCCUUUGCAGCCAAGAGGAUCGAUGGCACCGUGGUGACCUGGGGGCUCCCAGGUGCCGGCGGAGAUUCCUCCUCCGUAGCUGGGCGCUUGUCAUCCGUCGAUGCGAUCUCUUCCACGUCGGGGGCCUUUGCAGCAAAGAGGACGGAUGGCACUGUCGUGACUUGGGGCAAUGCGCUUAGCGGAGGCGAUUCUUCUUCUGUGGCUGAGCACUUGACUUCCGUAGAUGUGAUCUAUUCUACACAUUGGGCUUUCGCAGCAAAGAAGAAGGAUGGCACUGUGGUGACCUGGGGCGUUCCACGUUAUGGAGGAGAUUCCUCUUCAGUGCAGCGCUUUGUAAACCAGCUUCCGAAGCCCAAUGCCGAGCGGAGUGGUGGCCAUGCAGUGGCGAAGAGGGCCCCGGCAGUGGCAGGUCUUAGUGGAGGUGGAGAAGAUUCUGCUCUUGGAACUGACCUGCACAAGACCACCUCUUCCCCUGCACCGAUCAACAAGUCCCUUGGUCGAGAAACGUGGUUGCUUUUUGCGGCUGUUGCUGCAUUUUGCACCGCCUUCUGUUUUUCACCUCACUGGUUCCGGAAUGCCGUGCGCUAUCGGCGAAGAGGAGCUCGAGAUAUGACAGUUGAGCUGAUGAGCACGUCGGCCUAUGCCUGCGACACGGUGCCAGCGCUGGCAGCCUGCUACAACCGUCGGGUCUUAGAAGAUGCGCGACGGAACGGUGGCCUCAAGGAAGAGAACCCCAUUCUCGUCGCGGGUUACUCGCAUGGCUGCGUGGUUGCACAUCAAAUGGCCUGCCAACUUGAAGAGGAUGGCAUCUCCGUUGGCGUGAUACUCUUCGACCUCGAGGUCACCUGGCCACCUCCUGCCACCAACUCGCGCGUCGGCGGCUACAGCUUCCUGGGUGGAGAAGCCGAGGCCAUUCUCCUGAUCUCCCGUGCCUUUGGCAAGUUCGAGUUUGCCAUGAAGGAGGCCGUGGAACUCAACCUCGCGAAAGAGGCUUCGCAGAGUCGCAUCGACGUAGAUGCGCUGCGGCAGCGUGCCUUCGAGGCGCUGCCCUACGAGCUGUUCGCUCACAUCGCCCAUGGCUCGGCGGCAGGCGGAUCACUGAUGUCGAACCUGAUGACCUUGCUGCUCAGGCCCCGCGCGUUUGCCGGGCCGGCGCUGAUGGUCGUGGCACCGGACUCACCGGAGCCACUGGGUGAAAUGGGCAGCGAAAGGGAUGAGGGUCUGGGGUUCCGGGUUUGGGGCAUAGGCGAAGAUGCUAGGUUCGCAAGUGCCCGGGAGAUCAACGCCAAGUACUGCAAGCAAAUGGAGGCAGUGUAUGAUAUGUAUGAGCUUUUGUUGCAAAGCCGCUCUGUGCAAUCCAGCCUUCAAUCGCCGGCAAGGCCGUGA